GAAAUGAAGAAAUUCGAAAAGAAGAAGAAGAAUCGGCAAAACCCAAAAAAAGCAAAAGAGCCACAUUCAAUUCAAACCCAACAAAAAAGGAAAAAAAGAAAAAGAGGAGAAUUUUGAUUCUUGUUUCUCUCUCUAGACACACUCUCAACUCAACAGCUCAUUUCACUUUCUCUCUCUAGCUUUUUCUACCAGCUUCAGCUAUGGCAGCUGCAGCGGUGUUCAAAGUGGUGGGGCUGCUGAUCUUGGUAUACACCGCCGCCACCUUCUCCGCCUCCGGCACGGCGGCAGCCACCUGGUGUGUGGCGAGGAGUGACGCCAGCGAACAGGCUCUGCAGACGGCGCUGGACUACGCAUGUGGAGCCGGCGCCGAUUGUGCGCCGAUUCAGUCAUCUGGGCUUUGCUAUCUGCCAAACACGGUGCAAGCCCACGCUUCUUACGCCUUCAACAGCUAUUAUCAGCGCAAGGCCAACGCCCCUGACUCUUGCUCCUUCGCCGGCACUUCCGCCAUUGCUAAAACUGAUCCAAGCUACGGAUCUUGCGUUUAUCCGUCAUCUCCAAGUACCGCAGGAGGGGCAGUAGCACCAGGAGGUACGGCUGCAACCGGAGGUGCAUCAACACCGCUUACAACCCAACCGCCGCCACCAGGAACCACCACCACCACCGCCGCACCUCUGUUCGGAAGUGGUGGUGGAGCGGUGAUCCCGGAUUCUCCCAAACCAAACAGUUCCCAAAACUCGUGUCCGAAUACAAUCUUGUCGUCUCCUAUGACUAUGUUGCUCAUUUUCUUGUUCAUCUUUAAAAUUUUGUAGUUCAGCAAAAAGAACAAGAAUAUAUAGAGGCUAAAUUAGCCCAAUUUUGUGUUAGCUUUCUUUUGAU